UCUUGAGUGAUGUUUUCUGCAAAUGGCAACCCUGUCUUCCUUUCUCGUGUGUUUACGGUGUCACCAUGGCGCCCAAAAGGAAUAACGUGGUGCCAAACGGGCACUUCCACAAGAAGUGGCAGGAGCACGUGAAGUGCUGGUUCAAUCAGCCUGCCCGGAAAAUCAGGAGGCAUGAGAAGCGUGUCGAGAAGGCCAGGAAAAUGGCCCCCAGGCCUGCCAACAAGCUGAAGCCUGUAGUUCGCUGCCCCACAUUCCGCUACAACACCAAGCAGAGGACUGGCCGUGGGUUCACUCUGGAGGAGCUGAAGGCCGCCGGUAUCCCCAAGAGGCUGGCGCCGACCAUCGGCAUCACAGUGGACCACCGACGCCGCAACAAGUCGGUCGAGGCCAUGCAGGGCAACGUGCGCCGGCUCAAGGAGUACAAGAGCAAGCUGAUCCUCUUCCCCAAGACGGCCAACAAGCCCAAGAAGGGAGACAGCUCGGAGGAGGAGCUGAAGCUGGCCAGUCAGCUGAAGGGCAAGCUGAUGCCGCUGCCGUCGCGGCGCUCCGGCAAGCUGCGCGUCACCUCGCGGGCCAUCACCGAGGACGACCAGAAGUUCCAGGCCUUCAACACCCUCCGCAGGAGUCGCGCCACAGCGCGCAUGUGGGGUCUCCGUGCCAAGCGCGCCAAGGAGGCGGCCGAGGAUCAGGAGAUCGCCGGAAAGGCGGCAGCCAAGAAGGCCGCCAAGGGCAAGUGAUCACCGUGUCAGACCGUUACGAACCAAUACACCACCCGCCGUGGA